CCAUGAAGAUGACUUCUUCUAUGCGCUACACAUUUCGAGACAACACUAUAAGCCUUGCAAGGGUAUAAAGACAAUAUAUCCAUUUUCUUGGUAUUUAUCUGGUUGAUGGGGGUAUUUUGUAUAAAUGUAAGCCAGAAACUGUUGUUGGUCGGGUUCGUUAGCAUCGACAUGCGCUGCGAAGUCGUCUCUCUCGGUGCAAGCGAGUACACGCGCACCUAAAAUGUACCCAGCCCAGGCCAGUCGGUGGGUGCGCGCGCACCGAGAAAUUCGCGCGAAACGAUUGGCGAUUGCGAGAAGGCAAUGUGUUCGCUGUCGGAAGUGGGGAAGCGGAAGCGGGCAAGUGGGGCGGGCAGCGGCAGAAACUCGUAUUUAUCGUAUCUAAAAGCAACGUAGCCGCAAACUAUAAACAAAUCGAGUUCUACUAACACAAACGCAAGUUGAUGACGUUGUCGCGGUGUUUGCUUGUUGUUGUAAUUGUUGUCGUUGCUUUGGAUAAAAUAUGUGCACCUCAAUAGCAGCUGUUGACCAUUUGGGACAGCAGCUGAUUGGCCCUUUCGCGGGCAACCGAUUGACAAUUGUUUGUCGGUUGGCGUAUUUGAUAUGGCAAAAGACAUAUGCCAAAAUCGUAGUCAAAUAUGUUUGUCGGAAUUAAAUUGUAAAAAUUCAGGCUCCCUCUAUUCAUUUUGUAAGAGGAAAUCGACUAAAAGUAGCUCCCUUUUUUUUGAGUGCAUGUUCCUCAGCAGUCUCAUGUGCUUUGUUUGAGUGUACGUGCUCUGCGUGAAUCAACAUAAAUAAACAACGACGGCCACAAAAAUACACAGCACAUUCGACAAAUGUAUACUUUAAAUAUGAACUUUGAACCACAACGCACACCAACCACAAAUGCAACUGGCUGCAGGGUUAAUUGUUUAUUUCUUCUAGCAUCAGCUAGAAUUCGUUGGCCACAGUUUAUAUAAAUUGUAUAUUAGUUUAUCAACCAUCAUCCAUCAUCAAUUAGCUGCGCUGAACUGGUUGCAAUAAGUAGUUUGCACCAAAAACGGUGUGUUUUAAUUGAUAUUGGCAGCUUUGGCAAAAGAAUUUCGUGCAGCCAGUCGGCAUAUUUUAUCAAUAGCAGACCAAUCAACGAGGGCAUCACACACGGCAUUUUAUGAAUGAAACGCAAAUUGAACUUUGCUCUUUACAAGCUCUACGAACGAGCUCUUGGAGCGCAGGCACAAAUCGUGAUUACGGUUGACUGACGAUUGACUAUUGACUAUUAGCAAUUGGUUAUUUGGCCCGUCGACUGGCUAUUGAUAAAUGUAAAAGCGUAAUUCAUGAUGUCCCGCCAGAUGACAGCUGAUAGUGUAGAGUAAAAAAAAAAAAGAAAAAUAAGCAAGCAUGCCAAACAGCUUGGAGCUGACAUUAAUCAACUGCAGCAGCAGCCCGGACAGCAAUGCGCAGCUACAUCCCGUCCAAGUGGAUGGCAUUCAGAACACCAGCUUCGAGGCAACUGUGCAGCAUUUGCCAUGCAGGCGAUCCGCCUACAUGGAGGCCUAUACGGAUGUGGCCAGGUGCAGGCGUUCGCUGUCCUUUGUCCAGACAAAGCUGACGAAGAACGGGUGUGUGAGCGCGCUGCAGCGGCCCGAAGACGGUGCUCCAUGCUGGCAGAAGCCAGUCGUGGUCAACUCCCAGAACAACUUGUGUAAUGGCCGGAUCAACGCGAACAGCCACAACAGUUACGGGCUGGCACCCAAAAUACAAAACCACAGCAACAGCCCGAACGGGCAGAAGAAAGGCACCAUCUCGCUGUCGCAUCUGCCGCAGCGUCCGCCCGUGGACAUCGAGUUCUGUGAUAUCUCCUACUCGGUGGCAGAGGGACAUAUACGUGGUUUUAAGACCAUCCUGAAGAGCGUUUCGGGCAAGUUUCGCAAUGGACAAAUAACGGCCAUAAUGGGACCCUCCGGAGCAGGCAAAAGCACACUGAUGAACAUCUUGGCUGGCUACAAAACCUCUCAGCUAAGCGGAUCAGUGCUGAUCAACAGCAAGGAGCGAAAUCUUCGGCGGUUCCGUAAGCUUUCCUGUUACAUAAUGCAAGACGAUGUCCUGAUUGCCAACCUGACCGUGCGUGAGGCCAUGAUGGUAGCCGCCAAUCUUAAGCUUGGCAAGAACAUGAUCAAGUAUGCCAAGUGCGUCGUUGUCGAGGAAAUAUUGGAUACCAUUGGACUGAAAGAAUCGGCCGACACGUUUACCUGUAAUCUUUCGGGCGGACAGCGGAAACGCUUGUCCAUAGCCCUAGAGCUGGUAAACAAUCCGCCGGUCAUGUUCUUCGACGAGCCAACCUCCGGCCUGGACAGCUCCACCUGCUUUCAGUUGAUUUCCCUGCUGAAAUCGCUGGCGCGUGGAGGUCGCACCAUAGUCUGCACUAUACACCAGCCGUCAGCGCGUCUCUUCGAGAAAUUCGAUCAUCUCUACCUGCUGGCCCAGGGUCAGUGCGUGUACGAGGGUCGCGUACAUGGCCUGGUGCCGUACCUUUCAUCCCUCGGCUAUGAAUGCCCCUCGUACCACAAUCCCGCUGACUAUGUGCUCGAGGUCGCUUCCGGAGAGUACGGCGAGGCAGUACCCAAGCUGGUCGAGGCCGUCAAAAGCGGCACGUGCAAGAAGUACAUGCACAAGGACUAUGGGCUCAAUCUAGCCAACGCCAAGGGCAUAGCCAACGACAUUAUCAAGGGCAGUGGCAGCGGCUUUGACAAUUGCAACGCCAAUAGCACGGAAGCAUCGACGGCUGUUGCGACGAUCCGGCUGGAGGAUGAAAAGUCGCCAAUUACACUGGAACCUAUAAGCUAUGCGGACGCGGACGAGCCAGCUGAGCUGAAACCACCAAAGCUGGAGGCACAGCAAUCACAGAACUCCGAAUGCAGCGCUGUUAACAUGCCCAUAACGAACGAGGACAGCUGCAGCUUCAGUUCGUCGAAAGGUGGCCAAAGCCAAAAUGCCGUAUCAGGCGGCACAAAUGCCGUAGUCGGCUGCAUGACCUCGUUGCUGGACUCGCACGAAAGUGUCGUCACGCUGCCCAACAAGACAGGCUUCCCCACCAGCGGCUGGACGCAGUUUUGGAUACUGCUAAAACGUUCGUUUCGGACAAUUAUGAGGGAUCGUAUGCUGACCCAUAUGCGGCUGGCUUCGCAUAUUAUUGUGGGUGCGAUCAUCGGGAUGAUCUACUACGAUGUGGGGAACGAGGCCAGCAAGAUUAUGAGCAAUGCGGGCUGCAUCUUCUUUGUCUCUCUGUUCACCACGUUCACGGCCAUGAUGCCCACCAUUUUAACAUUUCCCACAGAGAUGUCAGUGUUCGUACGGGAACAUCUCAACUAUUGGUACUCACUCAAGGCGUUCUACUUUGCCAAGACCAUCGCCGACAUUCCCUUUCAGAUUGUCUUCUCUAGCGUUUUUGUGCUGGUUGUUUACUAUCUAACCUCUCAGCCGAUGGAACUGGAACGCAUCUCGAUGUUUGUGUUCAUCUGCGUGCUUAACUCUCUCGUGGCUCAGUCUCUGGGACUCCUCAUUGGUGCCGGAAUGAAUGUCGAGUCGGGUGUUUUUCUUGGACCCGUCACGACGAUACCAACCAUUCUGUUCUCGGGCUUCUUCGUCAACUUUGACACUAUACCGGCCUAUUUACAGUGGGUCACGUAUGUUAGCUACGUGCGCUACGGCUUUGAGGGCGCCAUGGUUUCCAUUUACGGCAUGGAUCGCGCCAAAUUGCAUUGCAACGAGAUAUACUGUCACCAUCGCGUUCCCAAGAAGUUCCUCGAGUGGAUGUCAAUGGAGGAUGCACGCUUCUGGGUCGAUGCGGUAGCUCUGAUAGGAAUCUUUUUCGCACUGCGUAUUAUUGCCUACUUUGUGCUCCGCUGGAAGCUGCAUAUGAUACGCUAAGGAGAAGGACUUUCCUUUCCAUCUAACCAAUGUAAAUAGAGGACGCGCAAUUGGAAUUAUAUUAGAUUUCAAGUACUGUAGAUAGGCGUAGUUUAAUGGUGCUUCGAAUUUUCGUUUCACGUUUAUUUGCUAUAGAAUAAAUACUCUGUAUAACAAGGGGAUAUUAUCAGACACGGAUUGUAGCUGUUCCAUGUACGAAAUAUGUAGAGUACACUCACUCAAAUCGCAAUUCCCAUAAAGUUGUACAUUUAUAAAUAGGCAAGCAUGAAUAGGCACGUUCGACGCCAACCAAUAUGAUCCCUAACGUAUAAAUCUUGUGACCAAGCAUAAGAGUCUGAACUUAAAUAGGUUGAAAAAAUUAUAAACAAAUUGUAGAAAAGUCGUCAAGUAGCUAUAUUGUUGUGUACUUUCCGCAAAACUUCUGCUUUACUCAAUUUUGUUAGCCCAAAAGAAAAACCCAACGUUAUAUUGAUCGUUCCGUCCCCAUGUUAAAGGCUUUCGUAAAUCAAAUCCACCUCUUGACAACAUUUUAGCUUUUAACUUAAGCCCCGCUCACCAAUUUGUCUUUAGUAAGAGUUCAACCGUAUAAAAUGGAACGCGCUUAGAGCCCAAAUCAAAUAAUAUAGUAUGAACUUUGUGAUACAGAACACUGCAAUUAAACAUUUUGAAUCUACAAAUAUGACGAAAAAUCGUAGAAACGGGAACGGAAUUCGAUUGUGUCCAGGCAAACUGGUGAUAUGAAGCAAUUAUUAUUAUUAUCACAAAUUUUACGAUUAAUCUUCAAUAAAAUAUUUGUAAUUUAAAAACGUAUGUGUUAUCACAUCAUCUUUGAAAUUAAGUAAAUGUUUAGUUUUAAUGUAAAAUAUCGCCAAAAGAAAUGCAAUAUUAAUUUUACAUCCUAUUCGAGCCCCAACCUAAAGUUAUGGAAAGCCAAAGACCUAUCCGAUAAAUUGGGAAAAAGUUCUUGGAUUAUUUUGCCCCAAUCAUUUAUACAUAAUUUGUGAUACAUGUAGAAAUAAAAAGCAAAUCUAAAUUAAUAUUAACUGCAAGCUGUGGCCACAUAUUAAGCAUCCUCUGAGGAGCAAAAUUUAUAAACAUUGUAAUUGUCUAUUGGGCAAAACAAUUAAAUAACAAAUUAUGUAUGUACAUUCUUAGUUGUUUAAUUGUAUAAUACAAAUACACACGCAUAUACAAACAGACACAACAACCCAGUAGAAUAUUUUUAAUAAAGAAACCAAAACUAUCAUUAUACAUAUUAUAA